UGCCAACCCCCCAUUUAAAAACCACUGAAGAAGAAGCGUAAACGGAAGUGAACAGGAAAAAUUUACACGUUAGCGGUUUUUGUUGUUAUUUAGACGUUUAUUAACACCCUGGAACUCAAAAUGCCACAUUGAACUCCACGGCAUCACCCACUUACCCGAUAUAGUGUUUAAUUCGCGUUUGAGACAGGACUUGGUUGAUAGAUGUUAUCUAGGUAACGCGGACGUUAGCUAGCUGCUAACAAUGGCUAACUGUAUUGCUGUCCACACUCAAAUAGCCUCCAUUAUGGAGGUGCUAGCGAAUGCAGCCGUGGCAGAGGUCUGUAAACUCGUAGACGACGAUUAUGCAGUGUUUCGUUUGGAAAUAACUCAAAGCCAGAAAGAAAACAGGUCAUUGCGGAGGAAACUACAGCUACUGGAACUUAAGGUGGCACGGGAGCGCGUCCUCACCAGUCGUCCCAAGAUCCUCGACCGAUAUAGAGGAAUGGCAAGAGGUGAUGGACAUCUCACUGGAGGCCACAGGAGCUUUGUGAAGCCAGCAGGACACAAUACAUGGAGCGAUGACCAGCCAAUCACUGUUGAUGAGGGGAGUGGAACCUCAACCCAGCACGUUAUUAUGAUAGAGUCUGCAGAUGCAGAGGCUGCAGGUCCUGGGGUCAAGCAGGAGAGGUCUGAAGGAGAGGAGGACCCAACACACAGCAGAGACAUCCAGACUGGUGCGGCUGGAAAGCACCUUGUAGCCACCGAGGACCUUGCCACCACUUCCGCACCCCAGGCCUGGACCCAACGCAGCAUCACAGAGGAUGAGGAAGUGCUUCUGGUGAAGGAGGGUCUGGGGAACCCUGAGGGGACCAUGGUCACGGAGGACAACCAGACUACACCUCCUGAAUCCACAGAGUCAGUAGACAUGGAGGAUGGGAGGCCUGAUCUGCUGAUAGUCAAAGUGGAGACAAUAGAAGAUGAACCAGAGAGCAUUGACCUGCUGAGUGGACUAAAGAUGGGAGAGCAAGGUGGUUGGCUGGAGCCUAACAAGGGAGACUGGGCGGCCAUCUUGGAUUCCCAGCCGGGUGCAGCCAAGGGCCCAGGGGACCAUGUCACUGAGCAGGGCGAGAUAAUGGAGUCUGCAUUCCAUGAAGACCAGCUCAUGUCCGGUGUUGCUGACGGGAGAGACUGGACCUCUGCAGCGGUUGGUCACAAACCCUGGCCACGGAUCAGGACUCUGGAUCAGGAGCCGUCACUCUUCCUUCCCGAGUCGCAACUAGGACCCAACCGUGAGGGACAGAGACUCCACCACCACACAGAACACAACCAGUGGACAGGUGGACUGAACAACCCCAGUCCUGGUGGUCAUCAGAGAGGCAGAGACUCCAGUCUGCAGCCCAGACCCUUCUCUUCACAGUGUCAGUGCAGGGAUGAAGCAGGGCCUGGGGCUGAUAGAGAUAGACCCUCCUGUUCCUAUGAUACAAACACCACAGUAUCCAUGAUGAAAAGAUCCGGUCACCCUGGGCUUCAGCCUUCACAGAGCGUGAUGGGAGAUGCUCCUGGUGGUAAUCUUUCAGGAACUCUGUCUUCUUCAGGGUCUCGUCUAAUGCCUGCUGACUGGGUUCAUAGAAGACCUGGACCUGGGUCUAGUCUUCCUCAGCUACCUCAUGGUUACCCCACCAAUAGAGACAGGGUCAGGAUGGACGUUCACCACGAGAAAUACCUAGCCUAUAACACAGCACACAAUCCCAACAACACCCAAACAAUGGCUAGAGGUCAAGGAGGAAGCUCAAAGACUAACCACCUGAGGGUGGUGGCUCCUGCUUCUUCCUCCUCUGGUGUCAUUGGGUCACAACGUGUAAGGCCGAGCAUUAGGACGGACGCCGACAAGCCGUACGCCUGCCUCACGUGUGGGAAGCGCUUUGCUGAGGCGAACUAUGUGAAGAAGCACCAGACUGUUCACACCAAGGAGAGGCCCUUCAAGUGUAAGCUGUGUUACAAGAGCUUCUCCUUCCAGAAUAACCUUAUCAGACAUAGGAGUGUCCACAAUGGGAAGAAAUCGUAGAAGUGUGUGAGAUGUACGCAGGGGAUAUCUGGGAACCAUUCUUUAGUUGACAAACACUACAUGACCAAAGCUAUGUGGACACCCCUUCAAAUUAGUGGAUUCGGCUAUUUCAGCCACACCUGUUAAUGAGAGGUGUAUACAAUCGAGCACACAGCCAUGCAAUUUCCAUAGACAAACAUUGGCAGUAGAAUGGCCCGUACUGAAGAGCUCAGGGACUUUCAACGUGGCACCAUCACAGGAUGCCUUUCCAACAAGUCAGUUCAUCAAAUUUCUGCCCUGCUAGAGCUGCUCCGGUCAACUGUAAGUGCUGUUAUUGUGAAGUGGAAACGUUUAGGAGCAACAACGGCUCAGCCACGACGUGGUAGGCCACACAAGCUCAGAAAACGGGAGCGGGGAGUGCUGAAGCUCGUAGCGCAUAAAUUGUCGGUCCUUGGUUGCAACACUCACUACGAGUUCCAAACUGCCUCUGGAAGGAACGUCAGCACAAAUACUGUUCAUCAGGAGCUCCAUGAAAUGGGAUUCCAUGGCUGAGCAGCCGCACACAAGCCUAAGAUCACUAUACUCAAUGCCAAGCGUCAGCUGGAGUGGUGUAAAGCUCGCCGCCAUUGGACUCUGGAGCAGUGGAAACGCGUUCUCUGGCGUGAUGAAUCACCCUUCACCAUCUGGCAGUCCAAUGGAUGAAUCUGGGUUUGGUGGAUGCAGGGAGAAUGCUACCUGCCCAAAUGCAUAGUGCCAACUGUAAAGUUUGGUGGAGGAGGAAUAAUUGUCUGGUGCUGAUGAUUCUUUGCUUCCAACUUUGUGGCAACAGUUUGGGGAAUGCCCUUUCCUGUUUCAGCAUGACAAUGCCUCUCUGCACAAAGCGAGGUCCAUACAGAAAUGGUUAGUCAAGAUCAGUGUGGAAGAACUUGACUGGCCUGCACAGAGCCCUGAUCUCAACCCCAUCGAACACCUUCGGGCUGAAUUGGAACGCAGACUGCGAGCCAGGCCUAAUCGCCCAACAUCGGUGCCGGACCUCACUAAUGCUUUUGUGACUGAAUGGAAGCAAAACCCUGCAGCAAUGUUCCAACAUCUAGUGGAAAAGCAUUCCCUGAAGAGUGGAGGCUGUUAUAGAAGCAAAGUGGGGUCCAACUCCAUAUUAAUGCCCAUGAUUUUGGAAUGCAAUGUUUGACGAGCAGGAAUCCACAUACUUUUGGUCAUGUAGUGUAUUAUAGUUAUGUGAAGUGUAUAGGGGUAAGAGUUUUUUUUGUUGAUUACUAGGUCCAUCGUUUGAGUGUCUGGGUACGCUCAUAUUCUUAUAUGAUACAGACUUGUUGUUUGGUGUGCUGGCAUAGCCUAAACACUGUCAUGUUAUAUUCCUCCUCUGAAUUUGGUUUUGCCAAUGUUCAAUUCAUAACAAAUACCCCCCACCCCGGGGCCUCCCGAGUGGCGCAGUGGUCUAAGGCAGUGCAUCACAGUGCUAGCCGUACCACUUAGAGAUUCUGGGUUUGAGUCCAGGCUCUGACAAGGAAUAUCCUUGUCCCAUCGCGCACUAGUUACUCCUGUGGGGAGCCGGGCGCAAUGCACGCUGACACGGUCACCAGGUGUACGAAACACAACCCAACCAAGCUGCACUGCUUCUCGACACAAUGCCCAUCCAACCCGGAAGCCAGCCGCACCAAUGUGUCGGAGGAAACACCGUACACCUGGCGACCGUGUCAGCGUGCACUGCGCCCGGACCGCCACAGGAGUCGCUAGUGCGCGAUGAGACAAACAUAUCCCUGCCGGCCAAACCCUCCCUAACCCGGAUGACGCUGGGCCAAUUGUGCUCCGCUCGGGAGGCCCCUGCCACUUGAUUCAUGAUGACUGCUAGCUAACAUUCCAAUCAAAACUACUGUAGAUAUAACGUGAUUUGACAUUUUAUCUGUAGCCAAUGACCUUGAGCCUUCUUGGAUGGGCACUUCUAAUGUAACUCUAUGGCAGCACCCAAGGGGAUUGAAUUUUCGAGCUCUACCCUUAGAUUUGGCCGUGACGUAGUGUCCAUAAGUGACUGAACACUGAGCCAAUCACGGUGCAACUAGAGAACAUUACCAACCCCUACGCUCCAUAUUUUCAGCUGGCUGCCCCACCACCACAGAAAGCACUGAGCUAGGCUGAAACACCUGCAUUUUGGAGCUGCCUUGCUCAAGAAAGCAAAAAAAAAAGAGACCAUGUUUGUAAGGAGGCUUUAUUAACAUUUUCUUUUUAUUGCAAACAAUGUAAAAUAAAAAAAUAACUGAUAUGUGACAUGUAUCAAUGCCAAAAUAACAUUCAACCCUGUUUAUUUGUAGCAAAACAUGUGGGGCUCAAAACAAAACCGCUUUACUGAUGACAUUUUGCACAGGCAGUCUUUACAUUAUUUUGGAAUCGAGUUUUCUCCACAGGUCCCUAAACCUCCUUGCUCCGCGAGCGAAGUUGAAGUCGAAAAGACAACUUUACCGGUGUCAACUAUAUUAGCCUAGGCUAACAGUGAUGCAUGCAUUCGAUUUAUGCCAUUACUCUGGUGAGUACUGUUUUAUUUAGUCUUCUAAGGCAACACGUUAUGACAGGAGAAGCUUCAUGUAUCUAACUGUAGACAAGCAGAUGAAAACAUCACACAACACCCAUGACAGCCUACUAUGUGAAACUGAGCCUGGCAGACCGCGAAAAAAAACAACUUUAAACGGCAUAAGAUUUUACAUGCCACUGUAUCCCGUCUAAAAUCAACAUAACCUAUAGCCGGAUUUCUCAUAAUCGGGAUAUGAGUUUAUCCGGGAUAUUGUAAACGGGACGUGAUGUUUAUAUGCCUCAACUCAAAAACAGAAUACUUGAGUAUCUUCAAAAAUAACGGGAUAUUAUUGCGCAUAUAAAUGUAACUUUUUCGAGCAGAAGAAAUAUGAGACGCAUAUGCAUAACCAUGGUAGUAAUUGAAAGGGAACACAGGAGAUUAUGGGGAAAUGCAGACCAAAGGUGACAACACAACGGUUUACCUGACAAGACUGAAUCCAAACAUUACACUGGAUUUUAUGUGCAUUUGACAUUUACUGUACUUUCUGCCGCAUCUGUCUAAUGAAAUCUUAUGACUAAAGGAAAGAGCUUUCAAUUAUUAAA